GAUGGCCGCUCUCAGGUUUCUCUCUGGUAUAUAUUUCAGUGGUCACGUACGAAUGCGAAUGGAGUUAGUUGAUGACAGUGCUCCCAGUAUUGCUUUUCAGAACGUCUGGCGGGCACAAACAUCGGCCCAUUCUGAUUACAGGCAGUUCGGUCUCCUUAUACAUUCUCCAUGAUCAAUGCUUUUACUGCAAUUUUAUGCUGCCAAAACAGAACUUCGAUUAUACGGAACAUUCAUGUUUUUCAUGCAUGGAUUUCAAAAAGGAAACAUUUUAUGUGGAUGAAAAAAAUCGUUUAUUUAAAGGUGGAUUAAGCUCUGCUAAAAAUUCUCCAGAGACAAUGCCUGAGGAGGAGGAAUUACCACAAGAAUCGGAAGUACAUUAUAAUGAUUUUGAUGUUAUAGGUGAAACUGGUGAAGAUGGUCAAACAGAAGAGAGUUACGAUAAUCCACCAACAGAAAAGAAAAAAUGUCGAAACAAACAAGACAAGCAUUGGCUCGAAGCUGAAGAAAUUUUAAUUACUGCAGUUCAGAUGAGACCUUGUUUAUGGGAUCACACAAUAGAUGUAAAAAAGCGAAGUACAUUAAAUGCAGAAGCAUGGUUAGAAGUUCUAAAAGAACUAAAAGAUUAUAAAUUCACUUUAGAAGAUGUUAAGAGACGUUGGAGAAAUCUACGAGACUCUUUCAAUAAAGCAAAGAAGAAGAAAACUACAUAUCUACCUAGUGGUUCAGCAGCGCCUACUACAAAUGAUGAUAGUAGUUUUCGACAUUAUGAAAGCAUGUUGUUUUUGAUUGAUAAAGUGAAGCCUAGGCCCACAAAAAGUAAUAUUGCAAAAAAAAGGUCUUAUUCAUGCGACUUAAAUGAAUUUCUUUCGAUGUCCAUUGCUUCAGAUGUUAACACAAUUGAAGAACCGAUGGAAGACAGUAACUCCUUAAGCACAUCUGGAAUCAAUAGCAAUAUUUCUGAUAAAAGUAGCUUCAUCGAGCAUACAAAACGUCCAAGGAAGAAAUCUGAAGACGUAGAAUUUCAGAAGCAUUUGGUUAACAUUCUACCGCAGUGUACCUGUAAUAAGCCUACUGAUGGCAUCGAUGGAUUCUUAAUUCAUUUGGGUGACAUUUUGAGAAGAUUACCGUACAAAGAAAGCAGAGCUCUUCAAAAAGAAAUUUUCGAUUCAGCUUACAAAGCGGAAGAAAGAGCAGGAUUAUUUACUAAAUAAUAUAAUUUACUAAAUAACUCAUUUAUAAUCCUUAGUUUGUUACAUUUGUUCCUGUUUAUUUCAAUUAAUUAUAUAGAAAAUAUUGUAAGACAUGAAAUUAUUAUGUUCCAAAAUUAAAAUAUAUCUAAAAUUAUAAGUCAUAAAUGUACAAAGUUAGAUUAAGAUAAGUAAAAAAGUAUUUGCUAA